CAACAAAAUCCUUGUCUCCUCCUCUUCACCGCAAAACCCUACCAAAAACUCCAAUCUUUGAAUCAGAAACCUCCUCCUUUGGCUUUUACUAACAUUAAAAACCAUAAAACCCAUCAAUGGAACAAAUGGAACAAAUGGAACAAUCUCAAGAAAGAGAAGACUUAACUCUGGUGACGAGAAAGCCAUGUUUUGGUCUACCCACGGCCUGCCCAACUUGCUUACCCGUUUACAUUUAUCUCAAACUCGCUCGCUUGCCCUUUCUCUUGGAUUUCAACUCUUCUUACCCUGACUCUGAUCAAAUUCCUUAUGUUGAGUUGGGGACUUAUGUGGCUUACAAUAAUGAGAAUGGUGGAGUUAUUGGACGUUUAAAGGAAGAUGGCAUUGUUGAUUUGGACAGUGAAUUCCAGUCGAUCCCAGAUUGGAUAACAACAAAAGCAAUGAUUAGUUCGUGGCUUGCAGAUGCACUUAUGUAUGAACUUUGGGUGGGGACUGGGGGAAAUUCUGCUCGCAAGAUAUAUUACUCUGAUCUAGCCUGGCCGAUUGGGAAAGUUUUGUUCCUACUGCAAAUCCAAACAGUAAAGCAGCACUUCGGGAUAACUAAAGACAACAUUGAACGAAGGGAAAAAGAGAUAUACAGGAGGGCAAACAUUGCAUACGGAGCUUUGUCCAGUAGAUUAGGGGAGCAUUAUUUUCUGUUUGAGAACAGUCCAUCAAGUGUGGAUGCUGAUCUUCUUGCUCACGUACUUAUUACUCUUCAAGUAUUACCAGAAACAUCGGUUCUGCGGAGUAAACUGUUAAGUCAUGAUAAUCUUGUAAGAUAUGCUGAAAAAUAUAAGGUGGACUUGAUAGAGGAUGGCCCAUCAUCUUCUGUUCCACAGUUUCACUCAAACCCGUCCUCAUCAACUCCCCAAAGAGGUCCCCCAAAUUGGAAAUCAAAGCCGAAGACAAAACCUAAGAGGGAAAAAACACAGGAGGAGAAAACUUUCAGAAAAAGGGCCAAAUACUUUUUGGCAGCACAGUUGUUUGCAGUUGUGCUCUUUCUGUCUGUGAUGGGCAGAUAUGAUUCUUCGGAAGUGCAACUUGAUGAUGAUGGAGACCUCAGUUUCGAGUGAAAGUAAAGACUUCUCCGACUUGUGUUUCUUAAUACCAAGACUGCAGACUGCGUGAAGAGGAUGAUGCUUCUUGUUUCCCUUUCAUUUUUGUAGAUUCAUUUUGUAACUUUGGAUAAUAAACGUUCACAAAGCAAGAAGAAAAGUUACGUGCAGUUGAUCAGAGUAUUUGUUGUGAACAAAUUAUAAGAUAUCAGGAAAUUACUAGUUAGUCUAUAUACAAUGCCGUUUAAUAUAAUAAUUAGUUUCCAUUUAAGA